AUGGGUGUCACGUUGCCAUCUGAGAACCCCCUGGUUCCGCCGCUGCGGCCUGCUGUUGCCACCCCGCACCGCCGCGCUCUCCUGCUGGUUUCGGGACCUCUCAACACGCACGAACGAGGCAACAUGGCAUCAAUGGAACAAGAAGAUCCCCUACCUCCAGGCUACCCUUGCGUCAGGUCGAGCACAUUCUCCAGCGCUUCCCCGUUUCUGUGCCCGGAGCAUCCGACCAACGAGGACCGCGCUCUGGUGUUUGACGAUAUGGUAUCCGUGCUGAAGCUGGCUCCGACGGGAACGCGAGGGCCUUUGGCGUGCCUGUUCGGGGUGUUUGACGGGCACGGUGGCGAUGGAGCCUCCAAGUUCGUGGCGAACCACCUCCAUCACUUGAUCGGGAGGAGCGCCUUCUACGAGAGCAUCGAUUACCCCGCGGACGAGGCGCUGGCGAGCGCGGUGGAGGAAGGAGUAGCGUCGGUCGAGCAGGCUUACACGGACUGGUCGAAGAGGUCGGGAGACACCUCCGGCUGCUGCGCUUGCGUGGUCGCAAUCCGGGGUUCGGUGCUCUGCGCCGCUAACGUUGGGGACUGCCAGGCGAUCCUCAUCACGGACAAGGGGGCCAUCGUUUCUCUCUCCCGGCCGCACCGUGCCGUCGACCUCGACGAGAAGGCGCGGAUCCGAAGCAACGGCGGGAAGGUGGUGCAGGGGAGGGUCAUGGGCGUGCUCGAGCCAUCUAGGGUUAUCGGGGACUAUGACAUCAAGCGGACCUGGCCAGGUUGCGUUAUCGCGGAGCCGUACGUGCUGGUCCGAAGCUUGCCGUACACACGAGGGCAGGAGCCAUCGAUCUUAGUGGUAGCGUCGGACGGAGUAUGGGACUUCAUGACCCAAGCAAGCGUAUCGAAGCUGGUCACCGAGGCGAUCCGCAAGCAAAAGGACCCACGCCAGGUGUCCAAGGAGCUGGUGGCCGCUGCGAGGGAGGCAGGCAGCGGGGACGAUAUCACCGUGGUCAUCGCGAAGCUAGGGUGACUGACUGACGACAAGAAGCUGCUGUAACCGUCUGUCCGUCAUUCGGUUUCGGAAUGGCAUUCCGAGAGAGCUUCCUGAAGAGUUUUUUUCUCUCUCUCUCUCUGUUAUCGUUUCGAUGGCCGGCUUCCACGAAAGACGGAACGGAGAGCGUGAAGGAAGCAACGAGCGAUUGAGCAAGGAGCGGUCGAGCCCGGCCAGUGUCACGAGAAACCAAAUGAGCCAUCAUGUGUGGCCGUAGUAGGUCUGGGUGCUUUAAACCCGUAGCUCCCGAGUUGUGCGAGGAGCGGUUGUGCUGUUGCACCCCACCUGUGAUGCGUCCAUGGGUUUGUUUUUUGUGUACGAGUUCGUGGCCUUCAUACCGCGUUGUGGAUCACGCGAACCGUGUAGAUAGUUGUAAAUAUGGCUUUGUGUUUGUUAAAAAGCAUGAGUCGGGGAGCUUGCGUGUUGAGUGGGGGUGUUCUCGUACGGGGGGGUGUGCGGCCCGGGGACGUUUCUCCUUUGUCUUGCAAUCUCGCGCUUGCUCCUCACCAUGCUGCACCGUCCAGUCUACAGACAGCUUCAUUCGCUCAAAAGCGGCAAAACAACACCUUCGCGUUUUGUGACCUGCGUCGGUGACACUCGGCGGCGAUUAACGACCUCCGUGCCCGGUGGUCUCGUUGUUAUAAUAGCAGCUUGAUUUAAAUAGAGAGCCGUGAGGACGUGGUAGUGGUAGAUGUACUCGGGACAGCUCAAGUUAUAACCAUUUCGUUUUGAUCGCGUCUUCGUGGGUGCUGGUCCUGUGUAUCAUGAGACCGCUCGUUUUUUUUUGCAUACGUGGCGUGGGGGAUUGCGUUUGUGUCCUUGCCUGCGCGUUCCUGCGAUAGGAUGACGGUGCGGUGUCCGCGGGUGGUUGUAGACGGGCGGUUCAGGAGUGUACACGACUAGAUAGAAGCUAUCGUUCGACUAGUGUAGUAGUGCGCCACGCGUGCUCUGUACCUUCUUCGUAGGUCGUGUUUUGUUCCGUUUUGCUCACGCUUUUCCUUUUUCUUUGUGGCAGGGCGUGCAUUGCGCCCGGCGGGCGGUUUAAACUCAGAUGUCGACAACAAUUGGCAACAAAAUCUGCACGACCACACCUUUGCAGUCCACCCAGCCUUCUGCUUGCGACAUGAUGGGAUUCGCAUAUUGGAUGGUAUCACCUGUACACUACCAUAGUCGGAGCGUUGUGUGCAGAAAACAUCGGUUUCAUCGGGUGAUCGGCUUCGUUAUAAAAAAUAUGUAUUGGAGAAUAUUAGUGGUGGCCUUCCCGAAAAAAGACUUCUGCCGCCUGGCAUCAAAAGCUUGAGGCGUGUACCGUCCAAGACGGCUGGGGCGUAAA